AAAGAAAAUUAGAAAAACAAACUCAGCGAUUUCGUUUCUGAAGUCUUUGAAAACAAAGCGCGUAGAGACUGAUGAAGCUUCUCUAAUCUCUCAGCUUCCAGAUCUUGAAUUCGAUCCCCGAUCCCAAUCCCUAGGGUUUCCUCAUUUCCAUCUCCAUCAAAUCAAGCCAUGGCCGUAAAGCCCAGGCACGGCCGCGUCGCCGGUCGAAAAUCGUCGUCGUCGUCCUCGACUCUGGUCCUCACCUUGCUCGUCAUGUUCACCUUCGUCAUUCUCAUUCUCCUCGCCCUCGGAAUCCUCUCCGUCCCGAGCGGCUCCUCCGGCGACUCGCCCAAGGCCAACGAUCUCAGCUCGAUUGUAAGGAACAGCGCCGAGAGGAUUCAGGGAGAUGAUCGGAGCAAGGAGCAGUGGGUUGAAGCCAUCUCGUGGGAGCCUAGAGCUUUUGUGUAUCACAAUUUCUUGACACAACAGGAGUGUGAUUAUCUGAUCGAUCUAGCGAAGCCUCAUAUGGAAAAGUCGACUGUGGUUGACAGUGAAACUGGAAAGAGCAAAGAUAGCAGGGUUCGUACGAGCUCUGGAACAUUUUUGUCUAGAGGACGGGAUAAGGUUAUCAGGAAUAUUGAGAGAAAGAUUGCUAAUUUCACCUUUCUACCUGUAGAACACGGGGAGGGCCUUCAAAUUCUCCACUAUGAAGUGGGACAGAAGUAUGAGCCUCACUUUGACUAUUUUCAGGAUGAAUAUAACACUAGGAAUGGAGGUCAACGGAUGGCUACCAUUCUGAUGUAUCUCUCAGAUGUUGAAGAAGGGGGUGAGACUGUGUUUCCUAAUGCAAAAGGGAAUAUAAGUUCUGUGCCUUGGUGGGAUGAGCUAUCCGAGUGCGGGAAGAAAGGACUUUCUGUUAAACCUAAGAUGGGAGAUGCAUUGCUUUUCUGGAGCAUGAAUCCUGAUGCAACUUUAGAUCCUUCAAGUUUGCAUGGUGGGUGUCCUGUCAUCAGGGGGAAUAAAUGGUCAUCUACUAAAUGGAUUCGUGUGGACGAGUACAAAGUUUGAAAAACUAUACGAGAGGUUAUACAAGUUCUUAUGUUACUGCUGUACUUUUCAAAAUUUCAAGCCCGAGGUCCAGUACCUGUGCUUCAACUGUCAGUCGUAACCUAGUAAACCGGUGGACAUCUGCAUGGCUUCGAGAUUUGAAGGACUUGUUGCUCUACUAAUUCAAGUUUUGUUUGGGAGCUAUAUUCUUGUUAUCCCUACCACUGAAAAAUAAGCAUCCAUAUUUUUCCUUGUCUAGACAAGAAGUCUUACUGUCAAAAAAUUUAGGACAAUCGAGUCGAUAAUGUGUAACCCUUCACGGAAAAUCAAGAAAGUACAUUUACUAUCCUAUAAACCUCUAGAAUACUUUUGGAUGAAGAACUCUGUGAACCCUCACCAUCGUGUAGCGUGUACUCUUGAACCUAUAGAUGUUAUUUCAAAAUCCAUUGCAAACAAGAAGAAUGAGAUGGAAAUUAUGGCCAUUUUGGACCGAUGGAUAGAACAUGCUACUUCAGAAUACAAUAUUUCGGGUUUUCAAUAUUG